UGCUCAUUCAUUCUACCGGUUUCUUCAAGUUAUAACGCAUCUCAUGGUAGCGCUAACCUCUGCACGCACAAGAGAUGCUGCUGCUGGUGCUGGGUGCCCUCCUCCUGCUCUUCUGCAGUCUGGAUGUGUGGUACUUCCUACGUGGGGCCCAGGUGUUUGUCGAAGCGUGGUUCCAACCCCGAAUAUGGGACAUUCUAGCUGAGCAAAGCAUUGAAGGCAUGGUCCUUCCCCAUGAUUUGGACUAUAUGGGCCACAUGAACAACUCCAGGUAUCUCAGGGAGUGUGACUUUGCACGCUUCCACCAUUACAUGCGGAACGGGCUGUUCAUGGCUUCUCGCAAACUCGGGGCCAAGAUGGUUGUAGGGGCCUCUACUAUACGAUACAGGCGCUCCCUGGCUUUCCGAGAGGCUUUUGAGAUUCGGACCAAAGUAAUCGGAUGGGAUGAGAAGGCUUUUUACUUGGAGCAGCGCUUUGUUUCCAAGAGGGAUGGGUUUGUCUCUGCAAUCAUGCUCUGCAGGCAGAAUGUGGUUCACUCCAGCCCGGAGACCAUCAUUGAAUACGUCUGCAAAAGAAAGAUCGAGUGCCCUGAGUUCCCAGAAGACCUCAAACUCUGGAUCAACUACAUCUCAGCCAGCAGCCAGGCCCUGAGAGCUGAAAGUGGACUUGAAGAGAAGAACAAGUGAAGCCGCACCAUGACGCCAUACAUCAUGAGU